AUGUCUCAAAACACCUUUCGAUCUCAAAGUCCCCUCGCAGCACCGGCGGAGAUUCUUGCCCCGGCAACCCCAGUCCGCCGCAACACUCUUUCUCCUUCGCCAGACCUCAGUGCCGCCGUCAAAGGUCGCUCUUCUCAGUCAGACAAGAAGUUCAUGUCUCCACCCGCUCUCUCAUCAUCUGAUAUGACCCCGCCUCCUUCAACCCAAAUUCCCGGAGCGCCUCUCCGCCGGUCUCACUCGCGCUCUCUGAGCCCUGCCAUUGUCACACCCGCCAACCUGGACAAGUCACUAUGUGACGCCUAUGGGGCGUCUGAGAACCUCCCAACGAUCGAGGAGAUUGACAAUGCCAGUGAAACCCGCCUGCGACAAAUCGCCAAGGAUCUUCUCGCCGUGGCCCAAGAGGCCCGCAUGUCUGCGCUGCACUUCAAGCUCCAAAACAGUUUGGUCUCAUUUGCCAGCAAUGAGGCAGUCAAGCGUGCCGAAGUCGAACAGCAGCUCGCAAAGCGAGAGGUUGAGAUCCUUCAGAGCGCCGAGUAUCGCAGUCGCUCGCGCCCUGCCGAGCCCUUGACUCCCAAGCAAUCUUUCUCCAUCCCCACCGACGACUACUUGGCUGUUCUCCACCGUUCGCAAGAACUCGAGAAUGCCAAUCUCGUUUUGGAUCGCCGCCUUCGCAACGCGAAGCGUGCCAUUGAUGACGCCACUGCCCGCUCAGUGGAGCUGACUGAACAAAAUGAGAUGCUCAAGCGCCGCAUCCAGGACAACCGUCAACACUUCUCUCAAAUCUACAACUACGGGAGCAUGUCUCCGGGCAUGCAGAAUGAGCUCCACACCAUCUGCCGCGGCGAACACACCGAUGGCCUGGCAGCACUUCUGUUUGCCGACAAAUUUACCAACCGUCUCCACGAACCUCAAGGCUCCUAUGGCGCCCACUCUUCCGUCCCCGUGACUCCCAACCAGCCGCGCUCCGCUCGCCAGAAUCAUCACUACCUGACACCAGGCCGGAAUGCCCGCGAUCAAUAUGACAGUGACAGCACUGUUUCCCUGUCCGCUCCCGAGUCCGAAGACGAGGUUGUGGAGGCGAGGCAUCAGCACGUGCGGACUACCGCCCCGAAGACCAGCUCUCUUCUUCAGACGAAGCUAUUUGGUCAAGUGAAGAAGCCUGGCGUGGAACGUAUUCAAUCUUCCAAGCGCACGGCCGGUUCCGGCGAGAGCAGCCCAGCCACGAAGAGAUCCAGGACCAAUGCUGGAGUGGGUCUGGGCAUCGAGACCUAA